GGAAACAGCGUUUAACAGUGUGUGGCCUGGUGUCCCGCACCUUGGUGCUUUCCCUUCCUGCCACCCCUCGCACUCGCAGCCUGUGGGCCAAGCGGGGUUCUUUUGGGCCCGGGGUCUAAGUGUUCUGUCGCUGAAGAUGCCAGAGGCGUGGAGCAGCUUCCGUGGACUAAACUUUAGAUUGAGAAAAUGAGAGGAGCAUGCCAACAGAGACUUCUCCAGUGAGAACAUUCAUUGCCUCCCAGUCAUUCCCCGAAAGGUCCUGACACAGAGGAGGAGCUCAAUGAAUAUUUAUUUAUUUUAAUUUUUUACCAUCCUUUUACUCUCAUCCUGUGUGAGUCUUUUGUUCUGAGGACAGAGGCCUAAGCACAUGGACUGGAAAUUGGAAGAGUCACACGUGCUGCAGGAGCAAGAAGUCAUCCCAGAGUACACGGGCGAAGAUGGCAUCUCUGAAAGCUUCCAGCUUCUACAGAUUGAUGUGGAAUGUGAGCCUCAGGAGAGGGAGACCCUGCCCACAGGCAGUGCCACCUGGUGCUCGAAAAAUGUGCAAAGAAAACAGAGACACUGGGAAAAGAUAGUUGCAGCAAAGAAGAGCAAAAGAAAGCAAGAAAAAGAAAGAAGAAAAGCCAAUCGUAUAGAAAAUUCAGGCAUCCACCCCCAGCACAGCAAACGUUUUCUGAGAUCCUUAACCAAGGAGAAACUUUUGGAAGCCAAACACUCAGGACCAAGACUCUGUAUCGAUUUAAGUAUGACCCACCACAUGUCUAAGAAGGAACUAAGCAGGCUGGCUGGACAGAUCCGAAGGCUGUAUGGUUCCAAUAAGAAAGCUGACAGGCCAUUUUGGAUCUGCCUCACUGGAUUCACAACGGACAGUCCCCUAUAUGCAGAGUGUUUGAGGAUGAAUGAUGGGUUUUCUAGUUACCUGCUAGACAUAACAGAAGAAGACUGCUUUAGUGUAUUCCCCCUGGAAACCCUUGUGUACCUGACUCCUGACUCAGAACAUGCUCUUGAAGAUGUUGAUCUGAACAAAGUUUACAUCCUCGGUGGACUUGUGGACGAAAGCAUUCAGAAGAAGGUGACAUUUCAAAAGGCCCGAGAACACUCUGUCAAGACAGCCCGCUUGCCAAUCCAGGAAUACAUGGUCAGACGCCAGAAUGGGAAAAACUAUCAUUCAGAGAUAUUGGCCAUCAAUCAAGUAUUUGAUAUCCUGUCCACUUACUUUGAGACUCAAAACUGGCCUGAAGCAUUGAAGAAAGGAGUUUCUUCCAGAAAAGGCUAUGUUCUUCAGAACUCAGUGGAAUGAUGGACAGCCUAAGGGUGCACCUGCAGGAGGUGAAGUUGCUGGAGGGGCCUUGACCAAAGAGUAGAGCAGAGGUGGUGAUGGCACACACUUGCCUUUACUUGACAUCUCAGAUCUUCAUUAGGAUAUGUUACUAAUAACAGGGACCACAUUUUAUGCUCUUUUGUAUCUCCUAUAGUGCCUAGCUCAGGGAGUGCCCAGUAUAUCUUGACUAAGUAAAAAGUUUACAUAACAAGGAAUUAGCCCUUAAACUACAUGGCUUUGGGUGUGUUAAUUUAUUUUUCUACAUCUAUUUGUGAAAAAUCUACUCUUUAGAGGUAGCUUAAAUAAUUAAAUAUUGUGAUAUCAAGAGUUUAAUUUUCACUAAAGUGGCAUCAUAAAGUUGUAUGACUUUGUCCAACCUGCUCUGAUCAUGCUGAUUUUCCCUAACUCAGUAAUAUGCAGUACAUGUGCUUUUCAGGAUCA